CUCCACCAAUCCCAACGCCGAACCCGACCCGUAUGCGUUCAUAUUUGGACUGCUGGAAACAAAUUGUCACCUUUCACGUUCACGACCACCAGUACCACCACCGGUCUUCUUCCCGAAACUAUCCUUACGCCACGUUUUCACCCUCACUCUCUCCCUCAAAUCUCUCUCAGAUCUAAAUGCUUCAGAUUCCAACCCCAGAAAACCCUAAACGAGAAAGAUUGAGUGAAUUUGGGAUUUGAAUUGGAAUAUGGAGCAGCUGAAGACGAUCGGUCGCGAGCUGGCGAUGGGGUCUCAAGGCGGCUUCGGUCAGUCGAAGGAGUUCCUGGACCUGGUGAAGUCCAUCGGCGAGACUCGAUCCAAGGCCGAGGAGGACCGUAUCGUCCUUCACGAGAUCGAAACCCUCAAGCGCCGUAUCGCCGACCCCGACAUCCCCAAGCGCAAGAUGAAGGAGUACAUCAUCCGCCUCGUCUACAUCGAGAUGCUCGGCCACGACGCUUCCUUUGGAUACAUCCACGCCGUUAAGAUGACCCACGAUGACAGCCUCCUCCUCAAGCGCACCGGUUACCUGGCCGUCACACUUUUCCUCAACGAGGACCAUGACCUCAUCAUCCUCAUCGUCAACACCAUCCAGAAGGACCUGAGGUCCGAUAACUAUCUCGUUGUGUGCGCGGCGCUGAAUGCCGUGUGCAGGCUGAUCAACGAGGAGACCAUUCCGGCCGUUCUGCCACAGGUGGUGGAGCUACUUGGCCACUCCAAGGAAGCAGUGAGGAAGAAGGCCAUUAUGGCGCUUCACCGAUUCUACCAAAAGUCCCCCUCUUCCGUCUCCCACCUCGUCUCCAAUUUUCGCAAGAGGCUCUGUGAUAAUGAUCCUGGGGUCAUGGGUGCAACGCUUUGCCCUCUUUUUGAUCUUAUAACAAUAGAUGUUAAUUCUUAUAAGGAUUUAGUUGUCAGCUUUGUAACCAUCCUUAAACAAGUAGCAGAACGCAGAUUACCAAAGGGUUAUGAUUAUCAUCAGAUGCCAGCUCCAUUUAUUCAGAUCAGGUUGCUUAAGAUUCUGGCAUUGCUGGGAGGUGGUGACAAGCAAGCAAGUGAAAAGAUGUAUACUGUUGUUAGUGACAUAUUCAGAAAAUGUGACUCGAGUAAUAUUGGAAAUGCUGUCCUUUAUGAGUGCAUAUGCUGUGUCUCGUCUAUAUAUCCCAAUCCUAAAUUAUUAGAAGCUGCGGCAGAAGUUAUUUCCAAAUUUUUGAAGAGUGACAGCCACAAUUUGAAGUAUAUGGGUAUUGAUGCCCUUGGUCGAUUGAUAAAGAUAAGUCCUGAUAUAGCUGAACAACACCAACUCGCUGUGAUUGAUUGCUUAGAGGACCCAGAUGAUACUCUAAAGAGAAAAACCUUUGAACUAUUGUAUAAAAUGACCAAGUCCUCCAAUGUUGAUGUGAUUGUGGACCGAAUGAUUGACUACAUGAUAAGCAUUAAUGAUAGUCAUUACAAAACCUAUAUAGCAUCUCGAUGCGUUGAGCUUGCCGAGCAAUUUGCACCCAGUAACCAUUGGUUUAUCCAGACCAUGAAUAAAGUAUUUGAGCAUGCGGGAGACCUGGUGAAUGUUAAAGUGGCACACAACUUGAUGCGGUUGAUUGCAGAGGGAUUUGGGGAGGAUGAUGAUGCUGCAGAUAGCCAGCUGAGAUCAUCUGCUGUAGAGUCAUAUUUGCGCAUUAUUGGGGAGCCAAAGCUUCCGUCUCUAUUUCUUCAAGUCAUUUGUUGGGUUUUGGGGGAGUAUGGAACAGCUGAUGGGAAGUAUUCUGCUUCUUAUAUUACAGGGAAAUUGUGUGAUGUGGCAGAGGCAUAUUCAGAUGAUGAAACUGUAAAGGCAUAUGCAGUUACAGCAUUUAUGAAAAUUUAUGCAUCUGAGAUAGCAGCCGGGAGAAAAGUGGAUAUGUUGCAUGAGUGUCAAUCCUUGGUUGAAGAAUUAUCAGCUUCCCACUCAACAGAUUUGCAGCAACGGGCAUAUGAAUUGCAAGCAGUCAUUAGCUUAGAUGCACAUGCUGUUGAGAAUAUUUUGCCGUCAGAUGCAAGUUGUGAAGAUAUAGAGGUUGACAAAAGCCUGUCGUUACUUGACAAUUAUGUCCAACAGUCACUGGAAAAUGGUGCUCAGCCCUACAUCUCUGAGAGUGAGCAAUCCGGUCUGUCAAGUAUCAGCAACUUCAGAAGCCAAGACCAGCAUGAAGCUUCGAUGCAUGGUCUUAGGUUCGAGGCAUAUGAGCUUCCAAAGCCCCCGAUGCCACCCAGAAUACAUGCAGCUUCACUCGAGCCCUCAACUGAACUUGUUCCAGUAUCUGAGCCAUCUUAUUCUAGGGACACCCACCAGGUUGCGACUGCUCCAUCCAUAUCAGAUUCGGGGUCAUCAGAACUGAAGCUACGACUUGAUGGUGUUCAGAAAAAGUGGGGUAGACCAGUAUACUCUUCUUCACCAUCUACCUCAAAUUCUACUACCCAUAAUACAGUGAAUGAUGUCACUCAAGUAGAUGGUGCAGUCAAUGUAAAUUCAAAAACACGCAGUACUCGUGAUUCAAGGAAACCACAAGUUGAAAUUUCUCCAGAAAAGCAGAAGCUUGCAGCUUCAUUGUUUGGGGGAUCCUCUCAAAUUGAUAAGAGGGCUACUUCAGCUAACCAUAAGAUCGCUAAGGCAGGUGUCCAUGCUGCAGAGAAGGCUCAGGCACCAAAGGCAGCAGUUGUAUCAGUGGAGAAGACAAAUCAUCAACCUUCACCAGACUUGCUUGACUUGGGUGAACCUACUGUUGCAAGUACAACUCCAUCUGUCGAUCCCUUCAAGCAGUUAGAAGGGCUUCUUGAUCCAACCCAAAUUAGUGCGACAUCAAAUCAUGGUGCAGUUGGCGCUACUGAAUCACCUGAUAUUAUUGCAUUAUAUGGAAAUGCCUCUGCUAGUGGGCAGAGCAGCAGUCCUGAGAUUUCUCUUACAACCAACAGGGAUGAUGUCAAUUUCACUGUUGGGUUAUUAGAUGCUACUGUCAGCACUGCACAUGCUGGAACUACACUUCCAACACAAUUUCCUAAGGGUCUGAAUCCGAGAGAUUCCUUGGAAAAAGACGCACUCGUGAGGCACAUGGGUGUGACCCCAUCAAGUCAAAAUCCCAACUUGUUCAGAGACUUGCUUAGCUAAAUUGUUCAGACAGCAACUUUUUAAAUCAGGAUACUCGAAUAUUGAUUGCUUAAUACAUGAAUAUGGUUUUGCAGAGCAACUUGCUGUUUAGUUGGCGAUAUUCAAUGAUACAAUUAGUGAAACAUGCAAGAGACUGAGAUUGGAGGAGUUCAGCCACCAGAAUUAAAACCAACCAGGUACAGAUUUGUAUUUGUUGCAAGGAAAGUGUAGCUUUUGUUAGUAGGAGUAGAGCCAUAGUUAGGAUUGGGGUUUUCCCAUUGAGCAAGUCAAGUUUGUAGCAUUUUCCUGAAAUGCUUGUCGCAGCCGUCUGGAUUAAUGAUUAUUGAGCACUGCGGAAUCAAAAUGCAGUUUUCUGUUCAUGUUUGUAUGGUUUUGGUCCGCGUGGCAUUUGAGUCAUCUUGUACUAAUAAUAACGCUGUAUAAGUGAGUUUUUAUUUUUUAUUUUUGUUUAUACCCAUCAGUUUGUUACAUAUUUCCGUGAAGUACAUUUGCAUCUUCAUCUUGAGAAACCUCAUGUUUGAAUGUGACAUUCAAGAUUGAAUGGUGUAAUGGCGUAAUAUAAUAAUACUGCGGGUGGGUUGAGAUAUGCAACAUCCA